CGUACUUAAUCUGCCUACCGAGUUAACCAUGCAACACCUUUUCUGACAGCAAAGUUCUAACAAACAUUUUUUUUAAAACAACAACAUUUAACGGCUGUUACUCCAAUUGGGGAACAACUUAGACGAUACCUGAAUGCGUUGGUUGUUUUUUCUUGUUAGUUUUGUGACUUUAUUCGGUAGUUAGUGAAGCUACUUCCGCCUUGUGAUGGACAGCAGCGACAAGUGUCAAAAGUAAUCAGGUACGGGAUAAACAACGACAAAGGAGGAUAAAAACACGACACUUACCUUUUGGAUACACUCCAACACAGGAUAGCCGACUAUAAGAAAAGGAGUUUCCUAAUUUUGCUGCUACGUUGUCCCACUGCAGACAGAUUUCAAGGACAGCAUUUCGAAUCUACGAUCAAUGAUCUCAAACAAAAGAGCUGCUGACUGCUGAGUUUUGGACACGUGAUGGAAAAUCCUGACGAUGAGGUCGACCUGCAACAAGGCAAUAAAGGAAGCGAAGAAGGAAGCUCCAGUGGGGGAUCGCCACAAACCAAACGCAAAGGAAAGUUCUCCAAGAUGGGACGGAUCUUCAAACCCUGGAAAUGGAGAAAGAAGAAGCCGAGUGACAAGUUUACUGAAACAUCAAUAGUCUUGGAAAGAAGGAUUUCUGUCCGAAAAAGCCGCCAAGAGCUGAUUGCCAGAGGGGUUUUAAAGGAUAUUCCAGAAAGUGAAAACAAUGAUGUCAACCACUCCAAAGGUCCACCAGUCAAAAACGGACACCCUGUGGACGUGGACAAGAUGUCUCGAGGGGAAUCCGACGCCAAGUUGAAUUCCCUCCGGGUUCCUCAAGCCGAGGAACGUCGAGGCAGAGCGCCGUCCGACGCCUCCCGGAGUAACAGAGCACCUCUGGACGUGGACUCUCACGCUCGACUUCCUGUGGAGCCAGACAGGAGAAGCCGACUCCCAUCCGAUGUUGAUAAGAGAGGAGGAUCGUUACCCCGAGGACCUCCACAGGACGAUAGGUACCGUAGAGAAGAGAGGAGGGAUGGGAAAGACGACCGGGAAGACAGAGGGAGGAAGAACCGCGAAGACGUAGAAAGAAGGGAUUGGCGAGAUGAAAAGGAAAGAGACGGUGGAGUCGACCGGAGGGAUAGGCGGGAUUGGCGGGAUGACCGGACAGAAAGAGACAAUAGGGAAAGGAAAGAUCGCGAGGAGAAGGAAAGAAAGGAUAGGGAUGAGCGGGAGCGCCGGGAUCGUGACGAGAAAGAACGCAGAGAUCGGGACGAGAAAGAACGCAGAGAUCGCGACGAGAGGGAAAGGAAAGACAAGGACGAAAGAGAAAAGAAAGACCGGGAUGAAAGAGAACGGAAAGACCGGGACGGGAGGGACGAGCGGGAUAAGGAUAGGGAUCGGCGGCCUGAGAGGGAAAAGAGAGAACAUAGAGACGACAGAAAAGACGACAGAAAAGACGACAGAGAACGAGACGACAAGGAGAGGAAAGACUUGAGAGAAAGAGACGAUAGGGAUAGGACGGAGAACCGAGAGAGGCGGGAGGAUCGGGACAAAAGGGACGACUGGGCCAAGAGGAACGAUAGAGAGCGAAGGGACGAGCGGGAUAAGAGGGAAAAGCCGGAGCCUCAGCGCUCGGUGGACGACCCUCGGCCCAUCGCCAAGCCCUUCUCUGAGAUGGACUUGCGGCCUCCUCUGCAGAAAAGUUCCUCGGAGGAAAACAAGAAGAUCCGCUCCGCCUCGGAGGCCGAUAAGAGGAUCACUCUGCCCAGAUACUCACCGGCUGCAGAGUUCAGGGAACGCUCAGAGUCCGCUGGUGUCCGCUUCGCCUCAGAACCUCGUCCAGAACCUCGUCCAGUAGCAGACCCUCACCCAGACUCUCACCCGGACCCUCCCCCGACCCGACAGGCUCUUCUUCCCCCGAAGUUCCUCACAGACUCGGGCAGGAGUCCAACACCUUCCUCCUCUUCAUCAUCCUCCUCCUCCACCUCUUCCAUUUCCUCUGCUGCUGUAGCGGUGGCCAAGCCCCCGAGGACCGUCUCCCUGAUGAUUGAAGAUCCUCCGAGACUUCCUGACUCCGAGACUCCGCCCCCCAUCCCCCCCCACGCCAAACAGCCGCCCGUCCCUCCACCCAAACCCACCAACCGUAACAGCACCCUGCUCGCCUCGACCCUGAGCACAGUCUGCCAGGCUGAUCCCUCCUGCAGAUCCUGGAGCAGCCUCUACCUCUCGCUGCCCGUCUACCUGAGACACAGAGGGGCUCACACCUGCUCAGCCGAGCACUCGCAGCCUGGUAGUGCUUUCAUCACAGUGCCAGCCCCCGCUAAGCGCUCGCCCCCGACGCCGCCAAAGAGGAUGACCCCCGUCACAAAGCGCCAUUCUGUGGACCCCUCGGCCCCCGAUAAGGACCCCUCUCCCCCCGUCGCUGACCCAGCCGCUGCACCGCCGCCCCCUGCUGUCCAUAGAGGAGAACACACAGAGGAGGUCUCAAACACUCCCCUCAGCCCCUCUGAAACUCUGCCUGCCCCGCCCGCUCACAUCCCUCCAUCCCCCCCCAGGGUUCAGUCCCUUCAGCCCCCCACCUCCACCGUUCCCACGGUGCAGACUGACCCCCCCAGCCCUACCACGAAGCCCCCCAGCCAGCCUCCAGCCAUCCCCCUGCACAUCCUGAUCCAGAGAGCGCUUAACAGCCCCGGCCUGUCUCAGCCCCACCCUGAGGGGUCCCAGAGGGCCCACUCCCUGCUGUUUGAGUCCCCGCCAGACUUCCUCUUGGAGGAGGGGCCCACCAGGAACUCCCUGCCCAUCACCAUCGAGCCCCUCAGGCUGCAAGAAGACGAUGACUUCGACCUGGAGGAAGAGAUGAGGAAGCUGCACCCCGCCCGCCCCCCCCGCCAGCCGGAGCUGGAGCCUCGCAGCCGGAGGGGCUUGGUGGACCUGAGGGUCAGUGUGAUCCAGGAGGGGGUGGGGGGCGACAGCGAGGAGGAGAGCGACUCCGACGGCCCCAUCCUGUACCGAGACGACGAAGAGGACGACGACGACGAUGAGGAAGGGCCUCCAAGUGGUCUGGCGAGUCGUGUGAAGAGGAAGGACACGUUGGCGCUGAGGCUGGAGCGGCAGGAGCGAGAGGAGAACCAGGAGAACCAGGAGAACCAGGACAUAAGCUGGCAGAGCCGAGAACAGUGGAUGGCCGUCAGGAACAAGAUCGGAACCGCACUGACACGGCGGCUGAGUCAGAGGCCGUCAGUCGACGAGCUGGAGCAGAGGAACAUCCUUCAAGCCAAGAACGAAGACGACCGGCGAUUAGAGCGCUGUGAGAUCAAACGGAGGCUCACCAGAAAGCUCUCUCAGAGACCCACGGUGGCCGAGCUCGAGGCGAGGAAGAUCCUCCGUUUCCAUCAGAACGUGGAGAGCACGCACGCACACGAGUACGACCGGAGAGCCGAUAAACCGUGGACCAAGCUCACUCCUGCCGACAAGGCUGCCAUCCGUAAAGAGCUCAACGAAUUCAAGAGCUCCGAGAUGGAGGUUCACGAAGAAAGCAGGAUCUACACCCGGUUUCAUCGGCCUUAGCUGCUAAUGCUAGCCAGUAAAGCACUUAGAUGGAGGAGUAAAAAGCCUGUGGUCCGUUAAAUAACUGACUGCAUGCUAACCUGCUAACAGCUGGAGACACUACUGUCGCUGAUCUGAAGCUAAAGAAGCCUCAGAUCGGUUCCCCUCCUCAGACGUUCUCCGUGGAGUUCAGGACUCGAUGAGUUAGUUUGUAGGUGCGUCCAUGAUGGAGGUACCUGGUGCCAACACUAAAUGAAAGAGUGGGAACACACCCCCCACACACACACCUCCCGAAACACACCCCAGAAAGACUGACCGCUGGAGGGUGAUCACCUCCGGGGAAACGCCUCCCCACGCCUUCACCUGCCUUCUUCUACUUCCUUCUGAGGGAAGACUAUGCACAUAGAGAUCUUUGUAGCUCCUAUUUAAGGAAUCAUUCACCCACAAAAUGAUUAUGAAUUACUCACCUUUAAGUUAUUGAAGAAAUCACAUGCUUUACGGUGAGCGAAGACAUCAAGACAAUGAAAAAUGUACGGUUUCCCAACACUAAAAUUAUACCAAAACAUCCAAACUCUCAUUCAUAUUGUUUGCAGUACAAACCAAGUCUCGUUUAUUUUUUUUGUAUUGAUGUUUUCGUACAUUUAAGCUGUUGUUAAACCACUUUAAUUUACUUCAAUUUAUCAAGAAUUCUCCUUCGAUUCAAUAUCCCAUAAUCGAUAUUGGUGCUUCUCUGAAAUUGCCUCACUAUAAGAUUCUUGAUGAACAAGAAUAAAUGAUGUUGAUAAAGGCAAACAAUCCAGAGCUCGAACAGUGAUACAUUUAUAAUACAGCCAAUUCAAAACCAAUACAAAUACAUUUACAACAUAUUAUAAAAUACAAAAUACAGAUACAACAUUGAUAUAUUUCCCUGCGAAUGAAAAGGAACAGUUUUCUACAAGAAUUCAAGGUUUAAAGGGGAAUUAAUUGAUAUUAUUUUCUGGGCGAAUCACUCCUUUAACACCCUUAAUGGUACCACUAAACGAAUGUGUUUUAAACUGGCUAUAAGUGCGUGUUGGUACUACAAACACCUGCCUUACUCCUCACAGGAUCUCAUGUAAUGUGAACGACAGCAGUGUGUUUCUUAUUUAAACUCUUUGAAUCCACAUGUGUGUGAGUAGACCCUCAGAGCGCUGAUUCCUAACAAUAAUAUGUGUGCAUUUUUUACUGUAUUUUUGUCAUUUAAAUGAUUCUCAUGGAGCACAUGUCACUAGGUUUUUUUUUUCUUUUUCUAAUAAGGCACUUUAUGUUCCUUAAAUUGGGUGUAUAGGAAAAAAAAAGUCUAUAAAUCGAUGUUUAUAUAAUUGAAUUAUCCGAGCGGGAAAAUGUACAUAUUUUUAUUUUCCUGGCUGUUUUAUUGGUACUUUAUAUAUGCAAGUCCCCCUGUAGGCUGCAAUUGUAUAGAUCACCUCUGUAGAUGUGAUUAUAUUGUACAUCCUCAGUAAUGCUGACAUGUUUUAAUUGUAAAGUAUUUCUCUAAUGUUAUUUCCAAGUAGUAAUGGUACAACAUGUUUUUUGUUUUUUUGAUACAGAGAUCUUUAAAAUGUUUUUUUUCUUUGCAAAGCACACUGUAUAAAUGAACAAUCCACUCAGUCAUUAAAAUAACCUGUGAUUUUCAUUUCAA